AGUCCAUUAUUUUUACUGCUGGAAAAACAGUUUGGGUAAUCUGGUCUAGCUAGCUAAAGCUGGCUAAGUGAAGCUAACUUACUGCUGGGCACGAACAGUUAUGUUUAGUUAGCUAAACGUAAACAAAGCAAUACAUAGCAGCAUUUAUAGAGAACACUGACAAUCAUGACACCAAACCUAUUCAUACGAGUGGACAUCAAAUCUCUGUGUCUCCCGGGGUCAUACGAGGGGAAAAUCCGUCACCUUGGAAACUCUCUGAAGAACUUUGCCCGCCUGAAAGUCUUGGACCUUUCGCACAAUGUUAUUUUUUCUGUGGAGGGUCUGCUGCACUUGAAGAUGCUGGAGCAUCUGAACCUGUACUACAACAAAAUUGCUUCCCUUAGGGAAGUCCUACUCCUGCGUAAGAUGAAGGCGCUGAAAGAGCUGGACCUCCGGCUGAAUCCCGUGGUGAAGAACUGUGUUGACUACCGUCUCCACCUUGUGUAUACGCUGGCUAAUCUGCGCUUGCUUGAUGACUGCCCGGUCCGAGAUUGCGAGAGGAAGGCAUCCCUGCAGCAUUUUUCCUGUCAGACAGUGGUUGAAUGUCAGCGGAUGCCCUGUUCUGUGUCAGAUACGGUGAAUUACAGUAGCAGUCAGGCCAGGAUGACUUCAGUGAACCGACUAACCCGGAAGCCCUCCAUCCUUGAGCACUCUGAUGACGCAGUCCUAAACCUGGUUGUCAAGAGCAACUGGGAUCUGACCAAACCACCAGCCCUCACUGGUUCCACCAAUAAGAAGCUGGAAUCAGAGCUGUAUCCCUUGCUGGAUAACCUUGGGAUAGGUGAGCACAGGUCUGAAAGCGCACCGCCUCCAAUGCAGGAUAUGAAUAAAUCCAUCCUGAGGCAUCCUGAAGGCCUCAGAGACCGGCACCAGACACACUCCAGUGUGCAGUCUCCAAAGGGUGGGGCCUUCUAUAAGAGCACCGGUUCAGUGAGAGUCAGCGAGGGCCUGAGGGUCUCGUUCGUCGAUGCCAAGAAGAUCCGAGGCCACACUGGGUCUGAGAAGGAGAGGCUCAACAGAUUCCCUGCCAAAGGGAACUUCACCCCAAACCCUGGAGGCCCUGUUUCCCCACUGCCUCCCCACGCGUCCACUUUAACAAGCCAUCCUCCCAGCCCUGCCGCCACUGACCGCAGUACCCAGAAUGCCCCGCUUCUUCCCCCUCCCCCCAGACUCCCCCCAGACUCUCAAAGCCCCCUGGUCCUGGUCAGCCCCCCCAUGGAAAGGGCUGUCCCACCCAAAGAGAACUCCACCAAGCAGCAACUGCAGAAUUCUGGUCCCAAGGAAACCUACAGAAGACCCCUAGAGUUGUUGCUUGGUCUAGUAGACAGACACUGGGAUGGCAAGAGGUCUCUGCAACACAACCAAAGAUUCCUCUCUCAGGCCAUUGAGGUACUCUGUACAAUGAAGCAAGAUGGCAGAGGAGUAGAGGCGAAUGGCCUGAGAGUGUCUACGGAAGUCCUGAACUCAGAAAGAAAUAGACAACAGAAGGAACACCGAGCAGGGAUUGAAAGCCUCUCUGAACAGCUGAAACAUGCUCACAGCACCAUAGAGGAUCUGGACCAGCAGCUGAGAGCUGCUCUGGAGGAGAAUGUGUCCCUGCAGAAGCAGCUGAUCAGAGUAGAGCAGAGGUUACUGGCCUGUGGGAGAAAUGGCCUGCCGUACCCCGAGCUUGCUGAGGAGCAGGCUGCUGGUGAGGAGCUGAAGGGGGAGCUGGAGCGGAUGCAGAAGGAGGUGGAGCUGCUGAGAGUGCGGGUGAAGCAGGCGGAGAAGGUGCAGGAGCUGGCUGACAUGCUGCAGGAGAGCCACAGAACGCUGGUGUCCACCAACGAGCGUCUGCUCGCGGAUCUGGAAGAGUGCCGCUCACGUCACAGGGCGGAGAUGGAGGAGAAGCAGGCUCGCCACAGGGCUGAGGUGGAGAAGCUUCACUUCAGCUUCAGCGAGCUGAGCAGGACCCUCAGCCUGAUGUCCGGCAUUAACAAGGCCAGAACCCAGGACGGCUGAAGUAGUAGUAGUAGUCACACUAGUUAUUUAUUUAUUUUAAUUUUUAACUGCACUUAAGUGAUAGGAAAGUGAGGAUUCAUGAAUCUCAAAAUGGGUGGUUUACUGAAAAUAACCAAUUGACUGAGCAGCUCAGCUAAUAAAAACUCUUACUCGAGAAAAACACUGUGAUUGGUUCAGAUCAGCUAGUCGCGCUCAACACAUUAUCAUCAACAAUUUGAAGCUUCACUUUCCUAUCGCUUGGCUUCGGGGUGUAUAUUUAUUUCUUCUUGGGUGUACAACAUGUACUUUAAUAUUUGAAAAUUUAUGUUGUGUACUUGCAUACCUUUAUGUAUGUUGUUUCUUAUUUAUUAUUAUAGUCAUGGCAUUAACAAAUGUACUGACCGUUUUGAGUGUUGGAAGAAAGCUGAAUCUACAAUUCAGAAGAUCUAGUGCCUGUUUUAACUGCAAACCCUUAGUGUCUUCUCCAGUUUGAGAAGUUGCAUUUCAUCCUGUCCUGAAGAUGAAUGUGACCUUUGGCCAGUUGUUGUAGCUAUUCAUAACAGACGCACAACAUCUAGUGUUAUGGACUGCUUAUGUAUGCAACAGUAAGUACAGCUGUCACUGUAAAGCAAAUCAUGUUACCCAUCUUUGAAAUACUGGGUUUCUGUAGCUUCAAUUUAAUAAAUUGUUCCAUUAAUGCUA